CUUAAGUAAUGUCUGGUAUAAGGGUAUUGGUCCGUCUGGCCAGGGUUUCUUCCCUGCGUCCAGUUGCGAUGAUGCCGUCACGUUUUAAGUACACACAACAUCAAGGAGUUAAAGGAAUAAGGAACCGGAAGAGCUUCUUUGAGGCGCAAAUGCAAGCCGGACAGCGAGACGACGACCACGAAGAGGAGGAAACCUUACCUAGUGGCGACCUUACUGACGUGCGCUUUUUAGAUGAUCGUGCCUAUGAUGAGGUAGCUGGUGGAGCAAUGCGAAUCACCAGAGAUAUAGCCACUUCUCAGCAAGUUCUUAUCUUACAGCCCUAUGUAAAAUGGGCAGCCAAACGGCAACCAAGUCUGACCGAUGUCCGGCCCGAUGAUCAGCUUGCAGAAGCGUCAGCUUUAGUUCACUCCCUUCCCAAUUGGCAGGUAGCCAAAGCGCUCAAAGUGCCUCUGGAAAGCCUUGAGAAGAAAACGCUCUUUGGCAGUGGAAAGCUAGCGGAACUUAAGGCACUGGUUACAGAACUUCGCCAGGAGCGGCACCUUACUUGCCUUUUUGUAAGCAAGGGAACGCUGUCCUUUGCCCAAAAGCGAUUCUUAGAGGCUGAGUUCCGGUUGCCAGUAAUGGAUCGUUACUCCGUGGUUAUCCAAAUUCUGCGACUGCAUGCAACAAGUGCCGAAGCUAGGCUGCAAGUGGCGAUGGCCGAGCUACCGUACAUUUGGGCCCAGGCCAAGGAUGCCAGUGUCACUCAGACUCGUCGCCAGGGUUAUGCCCUUACUGAUCUGCAAAAGGAGAUCCUGCGAACCAGAGAACGAAAGCUUCGGGCGGAACUGGAUCGGGUUCGUCGGCAGCGGCAGUUGCUGCGACAAAAACGAAAGCAACAGAAUUAUCCCAUAGUGGCGGUGGUGGGCUAUACAAACGCCGGAAAGACCUCCUUGAUCAAAGCACUGACUGUGGAGGACGCACUUCAGCCUCGGAAUCAGCUAUUCGCGACUUUGGAUGUUACUGCUCAUGCUGGAUGCUUACCCUGUAAUCUGGAGGUGAUCUACAUGGAUACGGUUGGGUUUAUGUCCGAUCUCCCGACUGGUCUUUUUGAAGGUUUUGUGGCUACUUUGGAGGAUGCUAUGCUUGCGGAUGUAAUUAUCCAUGUUCAAGACCUGUCGCAUCCUUGCCACGUGGCCCAACGUAAUCAUGUUGAAGCUACACUCCGUUCGUUGGCCUUUAAUAUGUCUGGUGGAGAUUCAACAACCAGCCAGCUUCCGCCGAUCAUAAAUGUGUACAACAAAUGCGACCUGAUACCCAUCAAAAGCCAGACAUCAUCUGAAACCGACCACCACAUAUCAGCUCGUACCCAAAUGGGAUUGGACUCCCUCUUAGUUGAUAUUGAACAGCAAAUAUUAUUGGCCACAGGGCGAAAGAAACUCCAAAUGCGAGUACCAAACGGGGGCCAAGAAAUGGCGUGGCUCUACAAAAACGCCGCUGUAGUGGAGACGAUGGCGGAUGAAAAGAAUCCCGAAUGGCUGAUGAUGCAGGUGGUCAUUACCCAGAGAACACUGGAUCAGUUUAAACGGCAAUUCUGUCAAUGACCCAAUAAUCAAUGAUACGGUUCCACCAAUAUAGUUUCUGUGGCGCAACUGGCACCGUCUAAAUUCUUUAUUGUUAUUGCUCUUAGUUUUGUUGGUUUAGUUGCUAUCGAGUGUAAUUAGGAUUGGUGUUAUUUUCACAUCUUUAUUUCUAUAUAAGUAUAAAA